AUGGCCCCUUCCUCGGGGCUCCAUCAAUCCGCCAUUCCCUCCGACUUUGAAGCUCCGUUUCCACCGCUGGUGCGCUCGUCGACGGCGCCUAUCGGCCCCCGGUCCCACAGCGUCCACAGCGCCCACCGUUCCCACUUAGCGCCCGAAGAUGCCUACGCGCCGCUCUCGCCGCCGCGUCGUCUCGGGCCCUUUGACGGCGGAAGGAAUGGCUCUGGAACGGAUUCACGCCCGAAUCGCGGCAGGCGCAACGAUUCCCGCCGGAGUCGGAGCAGGAGGCGCAAGCGCUUCCAGAAGCUCCUUUGGGUGAAACAAUCAUAUCCCGACAACUACACCGAUCAGGCUACAUUCCUCGAGAAACUCCAGCGCAACCCGCGGGUCCGGCCCUAUGACUUCUGGCCCUUGGUUGCUGAUUCGACCGUCAUCGUUCAGCACGUCUGCUCCGUGAUCAUAUUCGUUGUAUGCUUUGUGGGUAUCUUUCAAGAGCGCGUAAGCCCCGUGGCGGUGGUCGGAUGGAGCAGCUUCGCGACCUUCCUCGGCUGGCUGUUAUGGGACUGGUGGGUUACACGGGAGACACAGGACAAAGCAAAGGGGGCGGAUGGGACGGCCCGGAUGAUGCGGGGCGGGCAUGCAUACCGGGACUACCGGGCGCCUCUCAGGCAAGACUCGACAGGGCCGGACCCGUCGAUGGUAAACGCUAGCACUUUCAGCAUCUCGAGCACGUCAAAUCUACCCUCUCCAGCAAGCUCGACCUCCAACCUCCUCCAGGACCAGCAUCAGCCACAGCGGGUCUUAUUCCAACCACUCAGCAGCAGCAACACCGACAACCUUGGGCUGCUCGCUCCGACACACAUGGACUCGCGCUCCGUCAGUCCCCUCCGCUCGGGCACUUCCCAAGCGAGCGCCGCCCCCAGCCCCAACACCACGCCCCGUCUUAGCCCGGACGGUGAACCCGACCUCUCGUCAUCAACGACCCCGCCUUCCCCUCCGCCGGCCCGCAACAGCCGCGCCUACGUCCGCGUGAGCACCAUUAAGUCGGCCAUCCUCAUCUACUUCACCCUGCUGGGCCUCUCGCCCAUCCUCAAGUCCCUCACGCGCUCGACAUCCUCCGACAGCAUCUGGGCCAUGUCCUUCUGGCUGCUGGCCAUCAACAUCUUCUUCUUCGACUACUCCGGCAGCAGCUGGGUAGGCGGCUCCUUUUCUACUACGGGCACCACCGCCAAACGGAUGCCUGUCGCGUCCCUGUCGACCAACGCCGCGCUGAUGGCGUCGACCGUGCUCGCCAGCCGGCUGCCGAGCACGGGCCAGGUGUUCAGUUUGACGCUGUUCAGCAUCGAGGUGUUUGGGCUGUUCCCCGUGUUCAGGCAGUAUGCGCGGCACAGGAGCUGGCGCUAUCACGCUGUCUUGACGGUGCUGCUCGUGCUCGGCGCCGGGGGAGGGGUGGGGAUGAUCUUGGGCGACGAAAAGGGGUGGCCGUGGAAGAAGGGCCUGUUGGGGAUGGUGGUGGGCUGUUUGAUUUCCGCGCUGGCCAUGGGCGGGUGCAGUUGGUGGCUUAUUGGGUUGCAAAAGUAUAAGAACGAGAUCUAUGGGCCGUGGGACCCGGCGAGGCCGAUUAUUAUCAGUCGGAGGCAUUGGGAUGAUGAGUAG